UAGGUCUGUCAUUUUCUAGCUCAGAGACACUUUGCAUCCUGAUACGUAUGUUCGACGGAUAAUACGGAUUAUAAUACUAGCAUAACUCCAUCAUUUCUCAUCUAGUAUCACAACAUGACGCUUAGACAACCAAAUCCAGAGAUGCAGGCCUUCAUCAGGAAGAAGCUGAACGAGAAUGUAAACACGACUCAAGAGAACGUACAGCACAUCAAGGAUUGGCUCGCAAAACAGCCCCACCUCCCGAAUUUUGACGAUGACCAGCGCAUUACAACUUUUCUCCGUGGAUGCAAGUUCUCCUUGGAGAAGACGAAGCGAAAAUUAGACAUGUUUUUCACAAUGAGAGCAGCAGUUCCAGACUUCUUUAAUGACCGUGAUGUCGCCAGGCCGGCGCUAAAGGACAUCCUCGAUUUCAUCUACAUCCCGCCUCUGCCCGGGCUCACUCCGAACGGCUGCCGCGUGAUCGUGAUGAGAGCCAGGGUCGACGAGGCUGUGCUGUCCUACAACGUGAUGGACGUCAUGAAACUAGUGUUUAUGAUCGGCGACAUAAGGCUCAAGGAGGAGGACACUGGCGUCGCUGGGGAUGUGUACAUUCUGGACGCUUCCAUAGCGACGCCGGCUCACUUCGCCAAGUUCACGCCGGCAGUGGUCAAAAAGUUUCUAGUUUGCGUCCAGGAAGCAUACCCUGUCAAACUCAAGCAGGUCCAUGUGGUGAACGUGUCUCCUAUUGUGGAUUCAAUCAUCAGCUUUGUCAAGCCGUUCUUGAAGGAGAAGAUACGUAACAGGAUAUAUGUGCACGCGGCAGGGUUACAAUCUCUUCACAAGUACAUCCCGAAGGACAUUCUCCCGGAGGAAUACGGUGGCUUUGCAGGUCCGCUGGAAUCCAUUCACGCUGAAUGGGUUGAGAAGAUGCUGAGCUACAGAGAAUGGUUCAAGGAACAGGAGACUGUUAAGGCAAACGAGUCGAAGAGACCGGGCAAGCCAAAGACACACGAUGACCUAUUUGGUUUGGAAGGCUCCUUCCGGCAGCUUGUAAUCGACUGAUCUACCGCGGCUAAAUCGUCUUUUAGAGGCAGUAUCUUCAUAAUAUUAUGUUAUCUUUAAGUUUGUGAAGAAACAGAUUUUACAGAAAAAGAAGUACAGGAGGUUUCAUUAUUGGCUCAUUGUUCUGAGUUACUUCUAGGGCGGAUCAAAAACUUGGCGGUGUAAGUAUACACCACCGGUAUGUACAAAGCAACGCACUGCCGUGUUAUAAAACUUUACAGGCAUAUAAAAUGUAUUAAAGGACUUUCUAAGUAUAAAAGUACCUACUCUUGUCAUAAACUCCGGUUUUCGAGAGCGAAACUCCUUGUCUCUGGCACAGUAAUUUCAUUAAAUUACCUCGCUCGUUUCACCGCUCGUGUGAUCAGUCACCAAUUCAGAUUGUGACUACAUUCCCAUUCAUCUUUAGAUUAAACUUUUCAUUUGAUGAAAACAUACUCUUCUUAUUGUCUUUCUUAAACGCAUCCAUAGUCCCCUCUGUUUCUCCAAGUUCAUCGUAGUCCACGUCGAGACCAAAAUUUCAUUCCCGGAAUAUACUUGUAAAAGCCUAUUAUUGACACAACAUUAUCUGCCUUUGCAACGCGUUGACUAGCGUUUCUUCUCUUCGACGUUUCACAUGUUAUUGCCUUCAUCACUAGGGCAGUGAUGUUUUAGGAAGCAAGGACAUCUGAAUGGUACGUAAACUUCUCAGCCUACGCGAUGCUACAACCAGAAAACAGCUGUCCUAAAAAUCAUUUAAUAAUGGGAAAUUAGAAGUGCAAAAAUAUAGUUUUAUUUCCUACAAGAUGAAUACAUAUUGCUAGGGGCUUCACGAAAGGCUUCAGAUAGUUGCACACACUGAGGCCAGUAUCCAAACUGUCUCAGUGAGCAAUUGAGUGCCAGUUACAGAGGUAUUUCUGUUAACUGAGCAAUCACGGUGUUAAACUUCAUCCUAAGUACAAAUUUGAAUUAAACAAAUUAUGAUAAAUUGGGCUUAUGCUAUUUAUCGAAUCCAUACUUCUGUUGUCCCAUGCCAUGAGAUAGCAAGCAAUUUUCUAAAUUUUUAUAUUUAACUAAAUAAAUUAAUUCAGUUCGAAAUCUUUUGUCCUCUCGUCUCAUAUAAAAAAUUAAAGAUUAAAAUAUACAAAAGUGUAAUUUUGCCAGUUGUGCUGUAUGGGUGAAAAACUUGGUCUCUCGCCGAGGGUCUUUGACAACAGAGUGUUGAGGAGGAUAUUUGGCUAAAUUUAUGAGUUAACUAAAUUUAUAAAUACAGUAGUCUACCGUACGCUAUCCACAUAGUAAUCAAUGCAAAAUGAUUAUAUAUCGUUAUUCAUAAGAACCGUCUUUAACAAACCGUUUUACUUUCGUUCUCACUGGACACUUCAUUGGAAGAGUCACACGGUAACAAUUGUAGUAUUAAUAAAUAAAUCAGAACAAGUGAUUCCAAAGCAGGAUUUUUGAAAUUCGUACACAUAACAAACAUUCUUGAAAAAGUUAUACUACAUUACAUAUAUUUCAGAUGUAUUGUGUGUUGAAUACAUAUUUUGUACAAGAUA